UCGAAGAAGAAGAGAUGAGGAGGAGGAAGGAGAAUUAGCGUUACUUCAUCCAGCUGCUUACAUCUGGGCCAACUUGGCUUUUUUUACUUGGUUUUCUAAUGACGUCCUUCAAAGCUGGCUCCCACCUCGCCUUACGUCUGAGGGCUCUCCUGAUCGUUCCCGCCUGACGUCGCGCAAAUAAAUGAUGGCAAACAAAAACCUAAACGAUAAAACGCUCCAGCUGACUGUCAGACUACAGGCUGGGGAAAAAGAGGACGACGAGGAGCGAGAUGAGGAAAUCGGAGGCUUCAUCAACGCUGAUGGAGAAGUGGUUGAGUGGGACGGUAGAGACUCCUGUAACCAUGGCUCUGAUGGCUCAGAGGUUUCCCAGCCUGGGAAGAGAGGGAUUCUCUUGUCUGCCUCUCAGCUGCAAGAGGAAAACCAGAGGGGCACCAGUGGCUCCACACUCCUCAUGGAAGCUGUGUCAGGGGAGGAAAAGGAACAGAAAGAGACAGAAAAAAAGACRACUUCCUCACCUUUACAUUUUGGAAAGAGAGCAAAACGACAGACAAAGGUUCCAGCUGAGUCUUUAGAUAUGUUGGACAUGGAGAAAGGCAUGCCUGCAAAUGCUGCAAAAAGAAGAAGUAAAGGACAAAAAUCUCAAACUCAACAAUUUUCUGGUGACAUUUCAGGAGCAGAUCGGGGAGCAUCAAGGCGUAGCCUUAGAAAGAGAAAUAUUCGCACCAUAGCUGAGCCAGAAGAAAUAAAAUCAAAAACGACUCGCCGUGCUGCUGCAAAGCAACCUUAUAAAAUGAAGAAAAAUAUCAAACCUGGUGCUGAAACAGAAGGAGAGAACUCAGGUGUUUCAGCUGGAAGGAGGUGCCCCAGAAGAAAGAGGGUUCGUUUACCAAUAGAAAUACCUCCUGAGCUGCUAAAAAGACCCAAAGAGAAGAUUGAGUAUCGCUGCUCAAUUUGUGGCAAAGAAUUUCCUCACGCCUACAAACUCGAGCGACACGAGUUGAUUCAUACUGGGGAGAAACCGUACUCCUGCUCCGUCUGUGGUCGGGGUUUUAACCAGAAGGGAAAUCUGAAAACGCACUACAAAGUCCACCUUGGUCGAAAGGGUGCUGUAGACUGUGAUCAGGUGACUCCCACUGCCUCAGAACUUUCUGAGUACUUGAAGUCUCUGCCUGGAGAAUCCAAGGUCCGAUUAUCCAUUCGCUGCUUGGAAUGUGGAAAGGACUAUGAGAGCCAGUCAGCUUUACAAGCACACUACAUCACUACCCACAGCAGCGAGACAGUCCCUGAGUCAGUCGAGCAAACCUCGUCACAGUUUUUCUUCUGCCGCCGCUGUGGGGUUCAGUUUGAUGAUAGCAAAAAAAUGGAGGAACACAUGAAAACCCACGUCAAGGAGAAGCCCUAUUCGUGCCCUGACUGCGGCAAAAGGUUCAUUAAUGAGAGUUACAUACAAAUCCAUCAGCGCAUCCAUACGGGGGAGAAACCCUUCCUCUGCUCCCAGUGUGGAAAAGGUUUCCACACAGCUUCCUCUCUCAAACUCCAUGAGAUGCAGCACUCUGGAGAGAGGCCAUUUGCAUGUUCCAUUUGUGGCAAGGCAUUUCAGAUUAACUCUUAUCUAAAUGCACAUUACCAGACCCAUAUUAAAGACAGACCAUUCAUUUGUAAUGUCUGUGGGAAAGGCUACUCCAGAGCUGAGGAGCUGAAGGUUCACCGCAGGCUUCAUACUGGAGAGAGACCAUAUGAGUGUGGAGACUGUGGAAAGAGCUUCAUUUACCGCCAGGGCCUGCGACAGCAUCAGCGCACACAUGCUGGAAGACGCAUCGGGCCGACCAGACAGCUCGGGAGACCCAAACUACAGACCAAACUGGACAUUUGGUMUAAUACUUCGGAUCGGGCUGCAAUGGCCGAAAGCCAAACUCCAGGAUUAAAAGAAGAACGUCCACGUCUUUUGUUGAACACAACACUUGCGCCAAAAGUAUCCSAUAAAGAUAGGAAACCCCUCCUCGAACAGAGAACUCUAAAGAAAGCUGUGGACCAAGCCCGAACUAGAACCACCAGAGUAAACAUCGGAGCUGCUUUCCCGAGAUGGAGAGAGCUACGGGAACAGAAAGGAUUCAGAAAUGAUGCACAGCUUGCCAUAUUUCUGCUGGACUGUUAUCACACAAGUUGUUUACCUCUAAACUCAUCACCAACCCAACUCUCAAGAUAUGAUGACUCUGCAAAGGAGUGUCUGAGUGUCCACGAAGAGGAAGAAAGACUGUCACCAAUGGAGAUAGUUGUAAACAUUGAUGAAAGUGACGUCAGCCUUGACUCAGAUAUCGAUCAGGCAGAUGACAGGGUGUGUGCCCCGGUCGAGGAAACAGCAGAGGUUUCAGACGAAGAGGAGACGGCGGAUGAAGAAUGUUGCCAAGAUGACAGUGAUGAUGAAGACUACAUGCCACCUCAUUGUGCGAUUAAAAACAAGAGGAACCUGAAAGCUGCUACAAAAAUCAGUAAAAAAGAGGCUUCAAACGCAAAGUUGAGCAAACAAUCGUCAGAGACGGACAAGAUUCCAGAAAACGUUCCUCAUCAUCAGCUGGGGAACCAAGAAAAAGAUGGAGCUGAAAACCUUAACCAGGAUGAAGAUGACGACCCCGCAUCAACAAAAAUAAAUCCAAACAAAGAAGAGACAGAGAUGAAUACUACUGAAAAAGACAAACUUGAAACAGAGAAAAAUCACAACUCAACACUCACCAGAGAAACAAAGGAGACGUUUGUCUGUUCAAACUGUGGGAAAGUUUUCUCCCGCCAAAACUCUCUGAAGCGACAUCUUUUGAUUCAUUCAGGGGAAAGACCCUUCAAGUGCAUCAUAUGUGGAAAAGGAUUCUUCCAGAGUGGAAGACUCAAAACACACAUGAAUGUUCACAGAGGAGAGAGGCGCCGUAUCGGAAGGAAGGCUCGUGUACCAAUGGAAAUACCUCCUGAGUUCCUGAAAAUGCCUAAGGAGAAGAUUGAGUAUCGCUGCUCAGUUUGUGGGAAAAAAUUUCCUCAUGCUUACGGAUUAGAUCGACACAAGCUGACUCACACGGGGGAGAAACCAUACUGYUGCGCCAUGUGCGGUCGGGGUUUUACUCAGAAGGGAAAUCUAAAAACACACUACAAAGUCCACCUUGGUCAAAAAGUUAUUGCUGACUUCAACGAAAUGCAUUUCACUGCCCCAGAACUCACUGGAAACUUGAAGUCUUUGUCAGAAGAACCCAGGGUCCAGUUGUCCACCUGCUGCAUGGAAUGUGGAAAGGACUGUGGGAGCCAGUCAGCUUUACAAGCGCACCACAUCACUACACACAGCAGCGAGACGGUCCCUGAGUCAGUCGAGCAAACCUCGUCACAGUUUUUCUUCUGUCGCCGGUGCAGGGUUCACUUUGAUGAUAGUGAAAAAAUGGAGGAACACAUGAAAACCCAUGUCAAGGAGAAGCGCUAUUCAUGCCCUGACUGYGGCAAGAGGUUCAUCAAUGAGAGUUACAUACAAAUCCAUCAGCGCAUCCAUACRGGGGAGAAACCCUUCCUCUGCUCCCAGUGUGGAAAAGGUUUCCUCACAGCUUCCACCCUCAAACUCCAUGAGACGCAGCACUCUGGAGAGAGGCCAUUUGCAUGUUCCAUUUGUGGCAAGGCAUUUCAGGCUAACUCUUAUCUAAACGCACAUUACCGAACCCACAUUAAGUCCAGACCUUUUAUCUGUCAUGUCUGUGGAAAAAGCUACUCCAGAGCUGAGGAGCUGAGAGACCACAACAGGCAUCACACUGGAGAGAGACCCUUUCAGUGYGGAAAAUGUGGAAAGAGCUUCAUUUACCGCCAGGGCCUGCGACAGCAUCAGCGCUCACAUGCUGGAAGACACAUCGUCACCAAGCAGCUCGGUAGGCCCAAACAGACCAAAGAGAUGUGCUCUGAGAACCCAGACGACUUUGGACAAGCUGUGGUACUUGAUGAUGAUCAGCAGGAAAUUGGAGGCCUAAUUAACUCUGAUGGGGAAGAAGUGGAGUUCUUUGAUUCCAGAGUGAACGGUAUCUCUGACAUUGUACCAGCAGAAGCUCCCUCAAAUAAAUUGCAUUGCAGUGAGAAUGAAAGCCCACCCGUUGUUCACAGCUGCUCGGUGUGCGGUAAAGACUUCCCUUAUGCCUCGAAACUUCAGCGGCACCUGCGCACUCACUCAGGAGAGAGGCCUUUCCCCUGCUCCAUGUGUGAAAAGAGAUUUCCGGAAAAGGGGCUCCUCAUAAUUCACCAGAGGGUUCACACCGGAGAAAAGCCGUUCCCGUGCACUUUCUGUGAGAAAAGAUUUGCCAGUCAGGGGGAGCUCCGGCUGCACCGGCGAACACACACCGGCGAGAGACCCUACCACUGCUCCAUCUGUCCGAAGAGCUUUUCUCGCCACUGGCACCUGAAGACGCACCUGGAGGCGAUGCACUCUGAGAUUGUGGCAGGUUUCACAAGGAAGAAGUUUCCUUGUUCCAACUGCAACAAGAGCUGUAACUCGGCGGCUGAGCUGCGGGACCAUCAGAGGACUCACACUGGCGAGAGGCCCUUCCAGUGCUCGUUCUGUGACAAGCGCUUUGCCUUGUCGGGGACACUCGUGAGACACGAGCGUCUCCACACCGGUAUCACGCCGUACCACUGCUCUGACUGUGGCAAGACGUUUGCGCAGCAGUGGACGUUGACCACGCACAUGCGAACUCACAGGGGAGAAAAACCGUACAGUUGCACGCAGUGUGCAAAGUCGUUCGUUGCUCCGGGGGAACUUCGGAGGCACUCCAGGAUACACACCGGGGAAAAGCCGUACACCUGCGCCGACUGCGGCAGGCACUUCUCGUUGGCAGGAACGCUCAGAAAUCACAAGCGGUCGUGCACACAGAGCAAGAACGAGAUUGUUACUGGUGUUGUAUCAGCGACACAAGCUUCAUCAGAGGAUUCAUCCCAGCAAGAAGAGACCAGCUGCAAAGUAUCUGACAACCAGACAUGUCCUAGUGCAGCUGAGCCCCUGUCCUCACAGGAUCUAAACUGUGUCAAAGAAGAUCAGCCCAAAUUUCUACAGAGAGAACCAGUCAACCAUACAGAGGACAGCGUUUCCAUGUCCCACAUCAAUGUAAUCGUAAAAGAGGAGGAGGAGGAGAAAUUUUUAUCUGCAGAAGAAACUUCAGAGCAGAGAUCUGCUGGUGAGGACUGUACCACACGAGAGGAAGCUGAAGAACAGCAGCAGGAAAGUAACACAGAUAUCAAGAUUACAGUGAAGGAGGAAGAAGAGGAGGAAACUGUAAACGUGUCAGAACACGAGGCUGAACCAGCCACUGACAAUGAAAAAGAUGAACCUCAAGAAUCAGCAGUUCAAAAGCAGCACAACGGCAAUCGAGCAAAGAACUCUUAUUGCUGUGGGCUCUGUGGAAGAGACUGCCACAAGAUGUCAGCGCUUCAAAUCCACAUGCGAAUUCACUCUGGUGAGAAACCAUACCAGUGCACACUGUGUGGGAAACAGUUCACACAGAAAGGUCAACUCAAAGGUCAUUAUAAAGUCCACACGGGUGAAAAGCCGUUCUCCUGCCCRGACUGUGGCAAGAGCUUUGCCCACUCUGGCGCCAUGAACAGACACAGACUCACACACACGGGGGAGAGACCUUAUCACUGCUCCGUGUGCGACAGGAGCUUCAACCAGUCCGGCCGCUUGAGGGAGCACGAGAAAAUUCACUUUGGUGAGAAAUUUGACUGUCCCGAAUGCGACAAAAGUUUCACUCGGUCUUCGAGCCUAAAGAAUCACAUCAGGCUUCACACCGGCGAGAGGCCUUACGGCUGCGACAUCUGCGGGAGAGGCUUCAGUCGCUCGCAGAGCCUGAGGCUACACAGGCGAAAGCACGGGCAACUUAACGCGGACAUGGAGUCUUCAGUCUCCGCGGAGAAUGACGACUUCUCCCUGAGUGACAACAACUCUCCAAUUAAUAUGUGCAUUACGGACAAAAAUGACUGUGACACAUUUACAUAACCAGAAAAGUGUCAGUUUAAUACAAGAUAAAUUAAGGAAUUGUUCUAUAAAUAGAUUGUUAAACUUGUAUGUGGUGCUUUAUAUCAAAAGCAUUAAAGUAUUUAACUUCCUGAAAUGUUCAGAGUUGUUCAUAAAUUAAGAAGUAAUUUCCUGGAACUAGCACUGUCAACAUGAUUGCAAAAAAUGUUUCUGUAUUAGAAAAUCUGUAACAUCCAGCGACGACGAGGGCAUACUCUGAUAAAUCAUUCUCAUGUUAGAUACGUUUCACUAUUGCACUCAUGUUUCAAGUAUUAUGGUAGUACAAAUUAAGUCUGUAACUUUACUUUGUUGAAGCAGUAUUUGUCAUUGAACUGUGUAUGUGGGCCUAAGAAAUAAUUGUUUUGUUAUGGUGGCCGUUAAGCAGGUUUAACUAUCCUGUAAGGCUGAAAUUCAUUCUGUGAGGAAACUACCAAGUGAUAAAAAAUACAUUGUGACAUGUGUCAAACACUAUAGUAAUGCCUUGAUAACUUUUUUUUUUUACUUAAAUUGUCUUUUAAGGUCGUGAUCUAAAAAGGAAAUAAUUUAGAGCCAUGUAGAUGAGAAAUAUACCUGUAUGAGAUGUGUUAUGAGGAACAAUAAAAGUAUUAAGCAUUGUGUUCUGA